AUGAAAGAGUGUCUAUUAUCUAUUUUUAGAUAUCGAAAGAAAAUGAAGAAGAAAUUGUUUUUAUAUUUUCUCUGUGUCAUCAUAUUUGUCCUGGUAAUAAAAAAUAUAAUAUUUUUAAAUGACGAUUUCAUUGAAAAAGAUGAAUUUGAACCAAUAAGAAAAAAUAUUGACAGUAUGAAUAUUUUAUGUUACAAUCAAGCGAGCACGUCAGAGAGUCUUCCGAAUAUCGAUGAGAAAUUAGAUAAACCAAACACGGAUAGAAAUAUCUUCUUCCACGAGACAUCCUGUUUUGAUGAAAACGGUUUAAUGUUAAACGCUCGCCAAGCAUGCGCCGUCGAAUCCGCAGCUAAAAUGAAUCCUGAUAUGAACAUAUAUUUAUUAUUCCUUUCUUCUUCAAAGAUUUCGAGACAAUUCAGAAGAUUAUUCAAACAAUUGCAAACAUAUCCGAAUAUUCAUAUCAGAUGUAUCAAAUCCGAAGAUUAUAUGAAGAAUACACCUCUGGAUGUAUGGUAUAAAAUCGAAAUAUUAAAGAAAAAUAAAUGGCCAAUUAAUCAUGAUAUUUUAAGAUAUCUGACCCUUUGGAAAUAUGGAGGAAUAUAUUUGAAUCUAGACAUUAUUGUCAUCAAACUAAUUAAAUAUUUAACAAAUUUCGCCGGUGCUGAGAAUAGAAAUCAAAUAAGUUCAGGAAUUAUAGGAUUCGAUGCUUCGAUGAUAGGUCGUCGUAUGGCUAAUGAAUGCAUUCAAGAAAUACGAAAUAAUUUCCGAGGUGAUAUGUGGAGUUACAAUGGUCCUGGUGUAAUUACCAGAAUAUUAAAAAAAAUUUGUUCAACAGAAAAUUUACAGGACAUGUCCAUGAUUCGAUGUGAAGGUUUUAAAAUUUAUUCUCCUUCCACUUUUUAUCCAAUUCAUUAUGAAAAUUGGAAGUCAUAUUUUCAGACAACGAACAAAAAUGCAACAAUGAAAAAAAUAGAAAAGGCGAUAACAAUUUAUAUAUGGAAUAAAUUAAGCAAUGGUGAAAAGGUGGACAUAAAUAGUGAUGUACCGUAUGUGAAUAUCGCGAAAAAACAUUGUCCAAAGAUUUUUAAUAAUUGUGGGAAAGUAUUUUAAAUAAUUAUCAGUGAAUUUAAAAUUAAAAAAACGUG